ACUUGUUGAUGGAGUCCUGUAUAAGAGAUCUUUCUCACUUCCUCUUCUACGAUGUUUAAACCCCUAUGAAGCUGAAUACGCACUUCGAGAGGUACAUGAAGGUGUCUGUGGGAGCCACGUCGGUGCUAGAACUCUGGCUCACAAAGUUUUAAGGCAAGGAUACUACUGGCCAAACAUGUACAAAGAUGCCACUUACUUUGUUCAGAAAUGCCCGAAAUGUCAAUUCUUUGCACACCUGACUCAUCAACCAGCAGCAGAGCUCACGAACUUGGUAGCGCCGUGGCCAUUCGCUCAAUGGGGACUGGAUCUUUUAGGCCCAUUUGUGAAAGGGGUUGGUGGUGUAACCCAUUUGAUUGUUGGUGUGGAUUAUUUCACGAAGUGGGUUGAAGCUUGGCCUUUAUCUAGUCUUACCUCUAAGAAGGUUGAAGAUUUUGUUUUCAGUUCGAUUAUCUGCAGAUAUGGGAUUCCAAAUCAGAUUGUGGCUGAUAAUGGAACUCAAUUCAAUUGCUCCUCAUUUCGAGAUUUCUGCUCUAGUUAUGGGAUCAAGUUACAGUUCACCUCCGUUUACCAUCCGGAGUCCAAUGGCAUGGUGGAAUCUGUUAACAAAUGCAUUUUGGAAGGUGAAACACCCUACCACCUGGCCUUUGGUACCGAAGCAGUCAUUCCUGUUGAGUUAGGAGUCCCAAGCUUCCGGGUCACCCAUUUCGAUGAAGCACGAAAUGGACAACUGCUUCGGGAAAACCUUGAUCUGCUUGCUGAAGUCAGAGAAGAAGCUCGACUUCGAACUCUUGUAUACAAGCAGAAACUAGCCAACUUCUACAAUAAACGGGUCCGCCCUCGAACAUUCAAAGCAAGAGACCUUGUUCUCAGAAAAGCUGACCUAACGGGGUUUGAAACUCGUUUUGGCAAACUUGCCCCAAAUUGGGAAGGCCCUUACACUGUGGCCGAGGUACCACAUCCUGGUGCCUAUAUCCUCCAAGAUGCUGAAGGAAAGAGAGUUCCUAGAGUCUGGAAUGUGAAUAACUUGAAGAAAUUUUACCCCUAAUAAAAUUCUUUCAAGUGAUCUAUGUCUUACUGUUCUUUACGUUUCUCACUUCAUGUCUAUAGAAAUUCAUUUUACCUCUUAUUCUAUGUAUCCGAGGUCAAUUAAUCCAUUCGUUCUUUAUCUCAUACGUCUGUUAAUAAAUGUCACUUCACAUU